UUGUAUGAUAGCUAUUUUUCGUUAAUAAAUUCAUGUUACAAUGAAGUUCUUAAUUUUACUUUGUUUCAUAAACUGUGUUUUGUCUUCUGAGAAAAUUUCUCCUCGAAUCAUAAUUGUCGGUUCAGGUGCAUCAGGUAUUGCAGCAGCUUCAAGACUCCUUCAAAAUGGAUUUAAUAAUAUUACCAUUCUUGAAGCUGAAAAUCGGAUGGGGGGAAGAGUUUAUUCUGCUAAAAUGGGUGAAUAUUUAAUCGAUUUGGGAGCUCAGUGGGUGCACGGCGAAAAAGAUAACGUUGCAUUUGAGUUAGCUUGGCCAUUAGGCCUUCUUCAAAGAUUUAGUGAAUAUGAACUCAAGUAUGGGCUGAAAAUAUUUGGAUCAUCAGGGAAAGUAAUACCUGAAAGUGUAGCAACCCCAUUAGUAGACUAUCUCGUUAAUAUUUCAGGCGUAUAUGAUGAUAUAGAUAAUUUGAAAACUGGCUCGUUCGGAGAGUACGCAGAAAUAAAAUUGAAUGAAUAUUUCGAAAAUCAUCCAGAAAUUACUGUUUACGAACGAAAACCACUGCUUCACUUCUUAAAUAUGUUAGAAAUUACCAAUGAUGCUGCCGCAAAUUGGCAUGAUAUCUCAGCAAAAGACGUACCUAUUCUACCAUUUUAG